GCCGACGGCAGCUCACUCACUAUGGGCAAGUCACCUCAAGCGUCCUCCUCGGACCCUUCUACGUUGCCAGACACCAAGUCAGAACAAGACGCGCCAACGUUCUCUUCGAAGGCUCAGCCAAACGGAUCAACGACGACCAAGUCCCGCGCAAUAUCUGAGAUCGUCGAGGACCGCUUCCCUCCCUUUGACCACCAAGCCGCCAUCGUCGGACCAUUCGAGGAGGAGACGGGUCGCGACCAGACGUUCGAGGGUGAAAUCGGCCAUCUCAUGGUAGAUCUCAUCAUGGAGACCCACGCAUGGGCCGCCGCGCGCCCCAAGCUCGAGAGCGCGAACGCGGUCGGCAAGUAUGAGAAGAAGAUUGCAGACAUCAUGGAGGUCGAGAAGGAACAAGGCACGUCCUCUCCUGCUUCCCUCGUCGGUACGCUCGUACCCGUCGGGUGCUUGCUCACCCGGUUUACCAUCAUCCAGAUCGUAUGCGCGCUCGCCUUUUGGAAUUUACGACCCAUAUGA